AUGACGAAAGGAAUCCGGAUUGACUCAGACAAGGUACGAUCUAUUCAAGAGCUUCAGCCGCCCCGAAAUCUUAAGAAACUUAGGGGUCUUCAGGGACGGUUGGCUUACAUCUGGAGGUUCAUUUCAAAUCUUUCGGGCAAGUGUCAACUCUUCUCCAAACUAAUGAAGAAAGGUACUUCCUUCAUGUGGGACGGGCCUUGCCAACGGGCCUUUGAGGAGAUCAAAGCUUAUAUCUCGAACCCGCACGUCCUUGCAGCUCCAAUCUCAGGAAAGUCAUUCCUCAUCUACAUCAGGGCUAUAGAGCAUUCUCUGGGCGCCCUCUUGGCACAAAAUGAUGACGCUGGCCACGAGCAGGGCAUCUACUACCUAAGUAGAACCCUACAAGACGCCGAAUAG